AUGAUGUAAAGAAAUUAAACCAAGUAACUGCAUCACUCCUCUGCUGUGUAACCUGCUAUAUCCUCUGGUCUUCAAUAGAACCCACACCAUUCUCACAGACAAUUCAAAGCGCCGCGCAUACAUUCUAUGAAUGCCCGUAAAUCACAGAUUCAGAAAUCUACUGUUGGUUAAGCAGUUGAAAAUUGUUAAAUCGAGAAUAGAACUCAACAAUAAAAACAAUUAUCGCAAUCAUAGCAUAAGUAAAUUCUUGCCAAUAAUAAAGGUAUGAUCGCUCAGGCAGCUAAUAGUCCGAAUAUAAAAGCAUUUGAAAAAGCAAAGUUUAGCAAUAUUAAGAAAUAGGGGAUGUCUUAGUCAACAGUUUAUGUUAGUUUAUAGGGUGAAGAUCUAAAGAACUAUAACUAGUAAUAACAAUAACAACAACAACAAUAAUUUCUUAACAAAUAAUCGGAAAAAUAGCAAUUAUCUUUGCCGUCUUAAUGGAAUUAACUCCAAGUCCAGCAGUCAUAGCAUAUAAAUCCCUAAUAUCCUUAAAAUCAGAGAUUUCUCACUUAAUAAUAACAUCACUAGCAGCAAUUACUGUAAAAUUAACAGCACUCUUUGCUAUCUACUGCUCAGAUGAUGGGAAAAAUAGAUGACAUUCAAAUGAAGCAAAGAUCUUUCUAGGGACCGAAUAUCCCUAAUCAGUAGUAAUUUAAUCCUAGUAGUGUUAAUGUGCAACUUCGGAGUAGAUUUCCUCAAAAGCAGGGCUCAUUAUUAAGAAAGCAGUCUUAAAAUAUAAAAUAUUAGCAAAGUCCUGCCUAAAAUACUAAAAAGCCUUCCCGUCCCUCUACAGCUUAAGUAAGGAAUCGUGCAAGCUCUAAUAAAAGUAGUCAUGAUCUUCAAUAUCAAGUGCCUUUAUCUCCAAAAUAAGGAGGACUUAGAACCACUGGGCAUAACUCAAAUUCUUUUGUCUCUAUUGAAAGGAACAAAAAAAAUUAACAGUAGACAUUCCAAAACAAAUCAAACAGUUUUCUCAUGACAUAGUAGAUUACUUUGGUAUAAAGGAAUGAGAAUUAACAAAAUACAACUCAGAGUUAAGUAAAUUACCCUUAAUAGAGAGCUAUUCCUUCUAAAAAUCUAAAGGGAAGCAGCACUCAAAUUCUUGUUAAAUCUAAUCAAUACUCAUCGAAAACCCAGGGCUUUAAAUAAUCCUGCGAGAUUACUAAAAGAAGUAGCAACUAGAGUAAAUAAGAGUAGGAAACUAAUUCUAAUAAUGAGGGAAAUUUAGAAAUAUCUGAUUUCAAUAACCUUGACCUGAGUUAUAAUAAACAGACAAAGCCAGCAGAGAAAAAAUCAGCAAGAAAAUCAACUUUUGGCAUGAGAGAUUUGAAGAAGCAGAGCUUUUCUAGCGGGAUCAAUUAGGAUAAUAGAAUUUAUAAUCACACUCUGCAUAAAAACUCUUAAGCUGAAAUCAGCAAUAAAAUUUCUCAUAGUAAAUCAGUACAUUCAUUUAGCAACUCCAGAGUACAAUUAAAUUAUUAAGAACAAAAGAAAGCAACUAAUUAAAAUAAAGAUGAAAAUGAAGACAGCGAAUAUGGUGAUGAGGAUGAGGAUGAAGAUGACGAUGAAUCCUACGGAGACGAGAGUGAGAACGAAAAAGAGGAGCUUGAAUUUGAAAAUGAGUAUGAUGAUGGCCAAAUUGAAGCUAACUAGAAAGAUACUACAGAUAUGUUGAGACAAAGAAGUACAGAUUUAAGCUCGGAAGCAAGCACAAAAUCACCAAAAUCUUUAAGGAAAAAACAGAUUGCAAAAAAAAUAGAGUAAAUUGAGGAGGAGUCUGUUUCUGAUGAUAAUCUCGACACGUAAAAAGAUGAUAAGAAAAUAAAUCUGGAAUUGGCUUGUCCUAAAGAGAACUUGAUAAGGACUAUCUUGGAGAGGAAAAACUCACAAUAAAGUGUUGGAAGUUAAAAAUUGAACAGAGUGAGUUCAUCUCUGACAAAUUAUCAAAAUUAGAUAGUAACCCCUAGUAGUUUUCUUGUCCAAUAUGAAGGAAACGACUAUGAAGCGAAAGAUCCGUUUACCUAGGAUCAUCCUGUGAUUCUUUUACGCAGCAUCUUUGAGAAAAGACCACCAGUAAUUUUCUUCUAAUACCCUCCAUAAUGCAAUAAAAAAAGAGAUGAACAGUUUACCCAUAAAAUGAAGGAAGGAAAAUAUAGAUUGAAGUUCAAAAUUUCAGAUCAGGUUCAUACUUAUAACUGUGUAGUAAAUUCAUUGUGCAGAGGAGGCUUUCAAUAAACUGAUGGAGCAUCUUGGAAUAUAAUGUGGAGUGCUCCGCUUAAGCCUGAGUGCUUAAGAAAUUAUGACCAAUAUAGAAAAUGCAACCAUUUUCCAGGAACAUUUUAACUAGGUAGAAAAGAUAAUAUGUAUAGACAUAUGUCUAAGAUGAUAAGAGAAUUUGGUGAGGAAUAUAGAAUAGUGCCAAAGACUUGGAUAUUGCCAGAGGAUUUAAGAAGAUUUUAACAAGAAAGAGAUAACACUGAGAAGCCGUAGCUUUGGAUAGUAAAGCCAGCUAAUUCCUCAUGUGGCAGAGGCAUAAGAAUCCUUACUAAAACUAGUUAAUUACCCAAAAAAGGAUAACACGUGGUUUGUGAAUAUAUUAUGAAGCCUCAUCUAAUCAAUGGUUACAAAUAUGACCUUAGACUUUACGUUUUCAUCACAUCAUAUGAGCCCUUAACAAUAUAUCUCUAUAAAGAUGGAUUGGUAAGAUUCGCAACUUAGCCAUAUAACACGAAAAAUACUAAAGUUAGAUUUGCUCACCUGACUAACUUUAGCGUUAAUAAAAAGGCAACUAAUUUCAAAGCAGCUGAUGAGUCUUCAACAAAUGGCUAGUCUUAAUAGGCUAGCAAAUGGUCAUUAAAAAUGCUUUAAGAAGCAUUUAAGAGUUUAUCAAUAGAUUAUGAUGAGGUUUUUGUCAAAAUUAAAGAUUUGAUAAUUAAAUCAAUCCUUGGCGUUGAAACAAUUAUUGGUAAUAAUAUGGCUAGAUCCUCAAAGUAUCGUCACUUAUGCUUUGAAUUGUAUGGGUUUGAUGUAAUUUUAGACAAUGAUUUAAAACCAUGGCUUCUAGAAGUCAACGUUUUGCCAUCUCUUUCAUCUAGUUCUAAUCUAGAUAAAAGAAUCAAGACUUCUCUUCUUUCUGAUAUAUUCCAAACUAUUGGUGUUGUACCCUAUAAUAAAAGAAAAGUACAAAGGGAAAAUGAAGCACUUAAAUGGGGUAAAUUUUCAGGAGUUAAGAGCAAAAUAAACUAACAAGAUAAUCAAGAGAAAUCUUCAAAUAUGACCUUGAAUAAUUUUGUGUCCAAUAAUAGUUAUGAGGAUAUGGAGGAGUCUUGGGAUGAGAAAAAGUACCUUUCAUCUCCAGCUAGAAUCAGAUUAGUUAAAGAGUUGUUGAAUACGAAUAUUAAUGAGUUUAAUUACGAAGAACAGAUAGUCAUAGUUGAAAAACUAGAAGAAUAAAGCAGAAGAGGUGAUUUUGAUAGAAUAUUUCCAGUAAAAAGCACUCUUGACAAUUAUACUAAAUACUUUAAGUGCAACAGACCAACCAAUCUCAUAAUGUGGAAAUGGCUGAAAAUGAAAAAAGAAGACAAACUGGCAUACCUUAGAGAUUUCAAGGCAAAUAAAAAUCAGCAAGAACUUCUUAAUUAGUUAAUCUCAGAGUACUGA